UUUGUUGAGUACGCGUACGCAGAGAAAGUGCCUUUUACGCAAAAUAAAUACGAUUACACCUUAUAUUUAGCUAUCAAAUGGAUUCUAACUGCUCGACGCACUAAUUAACUUUCUAUUUGCCGCUAAAGUUUAUUAACAUUGCACUUGUGUGCAAUGGAAGGCACGGCGGCGCUCCGCGGCGCGGCGCCGCGCUGGAGCCUCGCCGGCGACCAGCAGCUCCUAGACCUUCUGCAGGACAUACACCAGAGAAUAAUCUCGAAAUGCAACGAGACAAACAGGAGACUGGAAGAGAUGUCGCGGGGGCUCCGAGACGCCAGCGUCAACUUGCAGAACGUCAACAACAAGUUCCUAGCUCUGAGCAACACGCAGUUUGUGGAGAGCCGAGUGUACGAGGACGACGCCGAUGUGGCACCCCCCGCCGUCGAGAAGGAACCGCCAAAACCUAAAGACCUAGCUUCAGACCUAACCAAGCUGAAAGAGAGCUUACAAAUCCUGGAGAGCUACCACGAGCCCCUUCUCAUCGUGAGGGACAGUGACAGCGAUAGCGAUAGUGAUGAGAACGAUGACAGGUUGGUUCUGAAGCCUAAAGACCUGUACGCGGACAGACCUUUGCCCCACAUCAUAGGCUCACAAGCGUGGAAGAGCAAAUGGCAUGCAGGAUUGGUCCCAGAUGAGAGCGACUCCGACAGCUCAACAUCGAAGGUAGAAGAAGUGGAACAGUAUUCAGAGUCUGAGGAAGAACGGCCCGCGGAACACUAUAUACCUGAUAGGACGAUGUCUACCAGCACGUUGUCUCUACAAUCAGAAGCGCCCGUCUCUGUCUCCCUUGUACGUCCGUCCCCUGCCGCCGUGGCGGCGGACUUAGCUCGACGGCUAGGAGGAGAUAUUAAGAUACCGGAAAGAGAGCCGGUGUACACCCAACCGGAAACUGUCCCCCGGAAGUUGUACAAACCACAGGAGCCGUUAACUACAACAAUCUUCCCAGAUGAGCCUCCGCCACUAGACGACCAAUCAAGCGACGACGAUAUUUUCGCGGAGCUGCACAAAACUCAACCCAAACCCCAUAGCAAUAGGGUCGACGAUCUGUUCGACUUUAGCAACAAGCCGAGUGGGCUUGAAGAAGCGCUGUUUGGAGCGCCAAAGGUACAAACAAACCAAAACAUAGACAAACCUCUAUUCCCUGAAGAUUCGGAACCGGAAAUGCCAGAAACAACAAAGACAGUAAUUAAAGAACAACCGGAAGACAAUGUCAAAAAACCAGUUGGCGGCAUAUCCUUAUUCGGUACAAACAAGCACGCUGAAAGCAUAGGGGCGGCCAUCUUGAAACGGAACCGCCGGAAAUCAUCCACUUCCGGUGACGAAAGCAACACUGAGGAAGUCCAAGUCAAAGAACCUGUCAAAGAGAUUAAAGAAAAGAAAGAGAGAGAUAUAUUCGACGAUCUUUUUGCAAAAUCUGAGAAACUAAAUAAAAAGAAUGUCAAACCUGAAGUGGUUAAAACAAAACCCAUGCAAAAACAAGUGACUCAACCUAAAGAAGCUAAAAAGGAUAUAUUUAGUGAUAUAUUUGAUGACAUAGAUGAUAUAUUCUCUAGUGAUAUUGUGGUACAGGUCAAACCUAAUGUUAAUAAAAAUGAUAAGUCCCUGUUCAGUGAUGAUGAUGAUUUAUUUGAUGACGUGUCAAAGGUUAAAAAAGAUAGUGAAAAAGAUAACGCGGUUAGUGAAAAAUCUAAUUCGUAUGGUGCUAAGCCAAAAGUGGCUACUUUAUCUGGUGUUACUAAUGUUGAAAAAGAUGAUGCUAAAAAGGAAAAUAAGGUAAUCAAGGAAAUAAAAGAAUCAAAAAGUAUUUUUGAUUCAGAUAGUGAUGAUGGAUUAUUUACGAAUAUGUCUGAAGAUGUUAAACGUAAUACAGAUAAAGAGAGUAAACCUGUUGUUAAUAAACUUAAAGAUCAUUUACUUGAUGACGAUGAUGAUGGAUUGUUUACCAAAAGUACCAAACCGAAUGUUGCUAAAAACAUCGGUAAAAUGACUGAACUUAGUAAAAAGGUAUUGUUUGAUUCCGAUGAUGAGCUGUUUAAAGAUACGAAAAAUAUAAAAGAAGCAAAGAUAUCUCAAACCAGACCAAAAAGGACUGUAGGUGCAAAUAUGGAUGGUCAGUUAUUCACAGCAGCUAAUGAUAAAUCUGAGAAACAAUCAGACAAACUCGAUAUAAUUAAUUCAGUAAAUGUUGAGCGCAUUGAAGUUAAAACAACGAAAGAAAGGAAUAUACCUACAGUACAUCCAACAGUGACAGAUAGUAUAAACAAUGACAUUGACAAUGAUAUACCUCCUUUUGAAUCUCAAAAAAAAUCAACUCCAGAAUCUAGCCAUGACGGUUUUGAUGAUGAUGAUACAAUGGAAUCAACUGUCAAAAAUAAUGAAAAAUAUGCAGAUAUCGAACAAGAUUCUGAAAAUACAGAAAGUAGUGUCCAAAUUAAUGAUGACAUGUUUAGUAAACCAAGUGAGCAGACACAUUUUAGUGAAAAUAUUUUAAGAACUACAAGAAUAGCAGCAGACGAGGAAAAUAUACCAGAGAAAGAACCAGAUAUUUUUAACGACUCUGAUGAUGAUUUGUUUAGAAGUAAACCGAAAAUUCCUAACACUGAAAAUCCUAAACAAAAUCAACAAACGACAAUUGAACCACAAACAUCAAAUUUAUUUUCAAGUCCUGACAAAAAUGAUAUAUUUUCUGAUAUUUUUGAUGAUGUACCGCCAGUUUUCGAAAAACCCAAGGAGCCUAAAAAGUCUAAAAACGUCAAUGCUCUCUUUGAUGACGACUCCGAUGAUGAAGCUUUGUUUUUCAAGAAAAGUGAUAUCAUCACUGACGACAUACCAGAUUUUAGUCCUAGCGAGGAAAGAUUUGGUAUUUUCAAUGAUGAACCGCCUGCGAUAGAUGUCGAUUUUACUCAAAAACCAAGUAAAAAAGAAGAACUAAAAGAACCUCUAAAAACGGAAAAAGUACCUUCAAGGAUAGAUAGGACUGACAAUGUUUCAGCUAAACCGAUUGAGACUGAAAAUAUUAGUAAGUCAGCUGAAGAAAGCGAUAACGUACAAACCCGCGACGCUCAAGACACUACAGAUAAUACAUCUAAAGAACCCAAAAAAGUCGGUAAACUUAAACCCAUGAAUAUCAACAUAAAUGUUAACUCGCUCUUACCAGGAGCUUCUCCUAAAAAGAAACAGGUUGAAAAUGUCGAAGUUAAGCAAGAUCACACAGCAAGUAAUGAAGACUUAUAUAAAACCGAUAAAAUCGAACCUAAAAUGGUAAAAUCUAUAAGUUUAGAUGAUCCAGAAAUAUUAGAUAACAAAAUAUCAAAGGACAGAGCUAAAAUACAAGUGAAAAGACGACCAUCGACUAGACGCGCUAGGAAAGAAGCUGUUAGGAAAUCUGCUAUCGAUUUUACAGAUUCAAGUUUUGAUAGCUCUAAUGAUAACAGUACUAAGGAUGAGGUCGAGGAGAAAGUAGUGAAAACAGUGUAUAUUUUGAAUGAUGAUGAUAUCUUUGGCUCUACAAAAACACAUGAUAAAAGUAUGGAACCUGCGAAGAAACAUUUGAACAUAGUUGAUUCUGAUGAGGAAUUAUUUAAAAAACCAGAAAAGAAAACUGAGAAAGAUAACGUUAGAAUAAACGACAGUAAAUCUGUUGAGAUUGAUGAUAUGUUUAAAAAAACAAUUAAUACGAAAGAUAUUUCAAAUGAUGAAGUAGAUAAAGUACAUAAGGUUGCUCCAAAUGAAGAGAAAGCUGAGUUUAAUGAUAAGGUAGCUACAGUAGUUGAUGUAAUAAAGAGGGAAAGUGUCAGUAAAAGGUCGGAAAAUAAAUCAUUUUUAGAUUCAGACGACGAUGAUGAUUUAUUUAGACCGACUAAUAAAAAAUCAUCAGUAAACACAACCAGUGAGACUGAUUCUGAUGAAAAACUUUUUAAAAGUGCUCAAAAAACUACAACAGAUACUCAAAAAGUGAAAGCUCCUAGUCUAUUGUCUAAUUCAGACGAUGACGAUUUAUUUAAAGUAAAAACUAAAAUAACUAAACCAGAGUUUAAAACCAAUAUCAGCUCAGAUGAAGAUCUAUUUCAAAAUAAAGGUAUUGGCACUUUGGGCAAAGUUUACAAUAAAAAUAAAGAUAAUAUCAAAGAAAAUAAAACAGAGGUAAAAGACACACAUAAUAUAUUUGACGAUUUCCCAGCAAAGUCGAUAGACAACAAUAUAGAAGAAAUACAGCAGAGUAAAGUUGUAAAAGAACCAAUAGUAGAGACAGUAAAAGAAAAUGUUGAAAAAGCGAAAAAAUCAAUACUAGACGAUUUGAGCGACGAAGAUGAUUUGUUUAAAAGUAAAACGAAAUUGUUAAGUAAAAAGGAUAAGAGUCUUUUCGGAGAUGACGGUGAUGAUGAUGAUCUAUUUGGGACCAAAUCUGUUAAAGAAAUCAAACCGGAUGUACCGGUCACCCUUCCUGUGAAGGAGCCGAAAGCAGCGGAGCCGGUCUUUGUGGACCCUCUGUCACUAUUCGGCGAUGAUGAUUAAACCCUCGACUGCUAAAGGCGUCAACUGACGCGGCUACAACCCAAUAUCAACCUUCCGACAAGAUUCGCGAUGACGUACAUGCGACAGGCGGCGUUCAUAGGGUUAAAACUGUUACAGGCGUGGCUCACUCCGCGAUUUCGUCGCUUUGCUACAGGUAGCUAAAAGUAGGUACAUCCGUUCCACACCAAUUUUGGUGGCUAGCCAUAAGCCGCGCGUGGCGCUGUCGCCACCUAGUGGCCAUAUCUGUCCUGAUCGUAACAGACGCGUUUUGUUAGAGAGUGAGUCUUCUGUACCUAGUACUAUUAUUUAUUCUGUGACGGUUAUCAGACUGAUGUCACCGCUCCGGUGUGUGAGUGAGACAGCUCUAUGCAUGUAUAUGUCCCGCUUACACAUUAGAGCAAUGCGAAUCCGCGUGCAAUGUGAAGACCGCCUAGAUGCCCAAGAUACAAUGCAAGCAUUUUAUACCCGAAAUGUAAGUGUUUCAUAUCGUUAUCGAGUUAAUGCAUCUCUGUCCUCAAUAUGUCAAACAAAAGGGACGGCAAUAGCAAACGGAGUCUGCGCCUAAUUCGAUUCAAAAGUACCUGCAACGGUAGCGUAUUCUUUUUUUGUCCAACAUAAGAAAUUGCUCCAAAAGGUGGUAUUCCAGGUGGAAGGAAGGAAGGUUAGACAGGUGUCUAAUGUUAUUGCGUCUCACUCUCUCAUUAUGCAAAAUGUGAGACAAAAUACACAUUGGACAUAGAAAUUGGACAGAGCCUUAAUCCAGACACUAAAAUUAGAAUUCAUUUGGCAAAGAGUUAUUAGUAAUGUAGUAACCUUUUUACGGUUGUGUAUCCGAAGGGUAAAAACGGGACCCUAUUAUUAAGACUCCUCUGUCCGUCUGUCACCAGGCUGUAUCUCAUGAACCGUGAUAGCUAGACCGUUGAAAUUUUCACACCCCAGCCUGGUGACAGACAGACAGACGGACAGCGGACUCUUAAUAACAGGGUCCUGUUUUUACCCUUUGGGUACGGAACCCUAAAAAAAGACUACAUACCUUGGUCAUCAGCUAUUUACAAUGAGGUAGGUAUAAGUAUGUUGGACGGUGUUAUUUUUAGCAAAGAUUUGGCUAAAGUGGUUUGCUUUUGAAAAAAUAUAUUUAUUACUUUUAUUAGUUAGGUACUUUAUAAUUUUAUUGAAAAAUCUCAAUUUAUUAAAUCAUGAAAAACAAAAUAGUAAAUUAAUGAGAUUAUUUUAUUUAUAAAAAAAAAUCUCAAUUGGUAUUUGGGGUUAGUAUUUACGAGAACAUUCCAUGAUAAUUUAUGAGAUUUUUAUAAUAAGUUAUUGUUUUAUUAGUAAUAAUUAAAUGGUCUAAUAUAUGGAAUUAAUGCUGUAUAAUGUGCCUAAUAUUGUAUAAUGAUUAUUGUUAUUCUUAUAUACCGAAAUAUAUUAAUGAUUUUUA